UUUACAUGCUCUGAAUGCUUAAAUAUAUUCACUUUUAAGGAGAGCUUGAAAAGACACAUUCACUCAUAUUGUGGCAAGAAACGUUUCUCGUGUUCCAUCUGUCCAUCUUUCUUUACUGUGAAAAAUGAAUUGAAACAACAUAUGCAUGUUCAUAUUUAUGGAAAGCCUUUCUCAUGUAACGCAUGUGAGGCUCAGUUUAACUCAAAAAGAAAUUUGAAAAGUCAUAUACGCAUUCAUACCAAUAUUAUACCAUACUCAUGUACCUUGUGUGAAGCAAAGUUUAAGAGGAAAGAUGGCCUUAAAACGCACUACCAGAUUCACAGUGUUGAGAAACCGUUCUCAUGUAGCGUGUGCCAAGAAAAAUUUAAACAGAAAUGUGGUCUAAAUAUACAUUUGCGUACUCAUACCAAUGAGAAGCCAUACUCAUGUAGUGUGUGCAAAGCGAAAUUUAGACAGAAAGGUGGUCUAAAUAUACAUAUGCGUACUCAUACCAAUGAGAAGCCGUACUCAUGUAGCAUCUGCCAAGCAAAAUUUAGACAGACAGGUGGUCUAAAUGCACAUAUGUGUACUCAUGCCAAUGAGAAGCUGUACUCAUGUAGUGUGUGCAAAGCAAAGUUUAAAAUUAAAUGCAGCCUAAUAAAACAUUUCUCUGUUCACACUAAUGAGAAACCAUUUUCAUGUAAUGUGUGCUGUGCAAAGUUUAAAUCUAAAUGUUCUUUGAGGACACACUGCCACAUUCACACCGGAAAUAAACCAUUCUCGUGUAACAUAUGUGACGCUAAGUUCAGACAGAAAUGUCAUCUAAUAUUUCAUACCCGAAUUCACAUGGGCGAGAGACCGUUCACAUGUUCUGUGUGCGAGGCUAAGUUUAUGAGGAAAGAUCACCUCAAACUGCACUCCCGCAUUCACACAGGUGAGAAACCAUUCUCAUGUAGCAUGUGCAAAGCUAAGUUUAGUCAGAAAAAUGCCUUGAAAAGUCACUUGUGCAUUCACUCAGAUGAGAAACCUUUCUCAUGCAGUGAGUGCAGUGGUAAGUUCAAAACUAAACGGCAAUUGAAGGUUCACUCAAAUAUUCACUCAGGUGAGAAACCUUUCUCAUGUAGCUUGUGCAGCUCUAAGUUUAGUUACAAAACCAGCCUGAAGAUACACUUCCGCACUCACACGGGUGAGAAACCAUUUUCUUGUAGCUAUUGUGAAGCAAAAUUCAGUCAGAGAAGUAACAUGAAAGCACAUGCUCGCGUUCACGCACGCCGUUAACCAUUCUCAUGUGGCAUUUGUAAAGCUAAAUCCAAAUGGAAAGUGAUAUAAUAAUAAGUAAUAAUAAGAUUAAAUCCUCAAACUUUCACUUUCAUGUCUUUGAAAAAACCGUACACAUGUAGCAUUGCGAUGUUUGAGGUAAAUUACAAAAGUACAUACCCAUGUUCAUACUUACCGAGUGCCAUUCCCGUGUUCGUUUAGUGUUGGUUGCAACAGUUAGCCCAUGGAAGACAACAUGUAAGUAUUUGUAAACAUUAGUCAGGGAUGGAAGACUCGGUAAUAGGAGAACCACUUUCGCGAGGAAGCAUCGGGUCAAGCAUGGUUCUCUUACUUGGCAGUUGUGACGCGCAUCUCGGGUUUGACGUGCUGAGUUAUGAGGCGGCUCAAAAUAUUAUAAUAUGCAAAGCUUGGUGGUGAAUCUACACAGAGGUCAUGUAAUUUUGGUAGUUAUUGUAACAGGGGAAAGAGAACCACGCUCGACUGCAGUGAGCCCCGCUAUUGGCUGCCGGCCCGGUGCCCCAGCGACACUUCCCCAGGCUCUGCCCCCUCCCCUGCUCGCCCGGUGCUGUCCCCAACCAAGUUACCCUUCUUUUUUUCAUGCAUAAGAAAACUUUUUGAUCAAUUCAUCAUUCAUGUAGAUCAUAAAAAGAUGUAUAAAUAUUUUAUAACAUGCC